AUGUCUACAUUCGCUCCUCGACCUGUUCCCGUAGCCUUGAUCGGACUCGGUGGAGUCGGAAAAGCUAUUUUAUCUCAAUUAUUAUCACCACCUUUGAACAGUCGAUUUAAUUUAAUCUUAAUCGCUAACUCAAGACAAUCCAUUUCGUUACCAUUACCAGCGGCACCUAUUACGCCAACUAAUUUCUCCCCUAUUUUAGAACAACAUGGAAAUCCAUUAGAUGUAGCUUCCAUCUUAUCUCUAUUGAGUAACCAUCCUGAUGCUCCUGGUAUCUUCAUCGAUUCGACAGGAUCAGAUUUGAUUCCAUCCAUUUAUCCUCAAAUAUUAGCCAUGGGAAUCAACAUCGUCACACCCAAUAAGAAAGCAGCUUCUUCAAGUCUAUCUUUAUGGGACGAUGUAAUCUCCAAAACUUAUCCUAAUACUCCGACCAUGUAUUACGGUGAAUCAACAGUAGGAGCAGGUCUCCCAAUCCUGAGUACCUUGAAAGAUUUGGUAGCUACAGGUGACGAAAUCGAAAAGAUUGAAGGUGUAUUUUCAGGUACUUUAAGUUACAUUUUCAAUGAAUUCUCAAAAGUAGAAGGUGGAGAUGUGAAAUUCUCUCAGGUCGUUCAAAUCGCUAAAGAUAAAGGAUACACUGAACCUGAUCCUCGAGACGAUCUUUCCGGAACAGACGUCGCACGAAAACUAACUAUACUUUCUCGACUCAUCCCUACUUCACCCGCUUUACCUGAAGGUUACGCAUCAGUACCUACUCAAUCACUCGUUCCCGAUGUCCUUUCCAACGCUUCUACCAAAGAAGAAUAUCUCGAACGAUUGGCCGAAGGUGAUGAUUACUUCGACAAAAUUCGUGAAGAAGCAAGAAAGGAAGGUCAAGUAGUCAGAUACGUCGGUGUAAUCGACUUGAAACAAGGUAAAGUAGAAUGUAAACUUGGAAAAUACCCAACAGAUCACGCUUUUGCUACUGCUCUUAAAGGAUCAGAUAACAUCAUCUCAUUUACCACUCAGAGAUAUUCACCUAGACCAUUGGUCAUCCAAGGUGCAGGUGCCGGUGCUGAUGUUACUGCUAUGGGUGUUACCUCGGAUUUGGUCAAGAUCCACGAAAGACUUACAACUCGUGCAUAA